GUAAAACCUUCUUCCCCCCCCUCGACCCCCCAACUCGGAGAGGGUGAGUGUUCCACACGUUACUCAGAACCGGGCAGACGGCUUUUGCUCCCUCGGCCAAUUCCGUUUGGAGGGAAAAUGGGCCCCUUUCCACAGCUCAGGAAACCGGCCCGUGCGACUCCCAUUCACACCUGACGUCUGUAGGUGUGCGUGCCGAGAUUUAGGAACUCCCUCACGGGGAGCAAGGCGGCUUACAAAGGACACUAGUUUGUUUAUUUAUUUAUUUAUUUGCGCGAAGCCCUAAAGGAGAAGACACGGAAAGCAACCACGGCACCCGGGUACUGUGUGGUGUACACGUGAGGUUGCAGCCCUUAAAAGAUAACGUCUGAAUAGCGGAGCACAUCCUGGGGGAAGAAGGACGAGAGGGGGGUAUCCUCAGGGAAAGGGAAGCGCUGAAUCCGAAGUCAGCCUGAGAACAGGUGAUGCGGAUCAAAGGCACAGAGACGACCCCCAAUAAAAAACACUCGCGUGCCUCAUAAAACGUCCAGCUGGAAAAGACAGUGUAUAUUCUUUAAAAGAAAGAGGGAGGAGAGGCGGAAAGGCAAGCCAAGGAACGGUGGAAGGGGUUCUGGAGCCGUUAAUCCGGAUCUUGGAGUCCUCCCUCAGAAUUGCAGUUGAUGCGGAUUAAGCAUCCACACCCGCGCGCGCGCCCCGCUCGGGCUCCCUCGAACAUUCCCCGCAACAACUCUCUCCAGGCGAGGAGUGCGAGGUUGCGUGCCGCCUCUCUGUGUCAAUCCUUGGCCACGAACCAAUGAGCAGGCCGCGGAGGCGGGCUUGUCCGCGCCCGAGAUCUUGGAGCGUGUCUCGAUGCCAGACCGUGAGUGGAGAUAAUUACCGAGAAGAAGUCGCGCUCUCAGCCUUGCUCGCUCUCGGGCGCGUGUGAGUCUCUUCCCCCCUCCCAGCUUUGGGCUUCAGUCCUUCCAUCGAGAGCACUGGAUUUUCCCCUCUUCCUCGUCUUUCAGGAGGAAAAAAAGGGAGGAACAAUAUUUAAUAUAUAAAUAUAUAUAGACACACACAGUCAGGCUAAACUCUCUGCCAGCUUCAGAUCCACGCGAUCGGACAGGGAGGGGGGAAAAAAAAACCCGAAAAAGAUCUGCUGGGGGAGAGAGAAAAAGGGAAGCAAGCCAAAGCAGGGUCGAUCUAUAAAAACCCAACCUCAAGCAUGGCUGGACUUCUGGCAAAAAUGCACACUCCUCUCUUUUGGGCGAUUUUGGCUGGGAUGGCAUCGCUGUUCCUCUUCCAAGGAGUGCCCGUGCGCAGCGGAGAGGCCACCUUCCCCAAGGCGAUGGACAACGUGACCGUCAAGCAAGGGGAGAGCGCCACCCUCAGGUGCAUCGUGGAUAACCGUGUGACCCGGGUGGCCUGGCUCAACCGCAGUAGCAUUCUCUAUGCUGGCAAUGACAAGUGGUGCUUAGACCCCCGAGUGGAGCUUAUCGCCAACACCAAAACUCAUUAUGCGAUCCGCAUAAAUGAUGUGGAUGUGUACGACGAGGGGCCCUAUACUUGCUCGGUGCAGACGGACAAUCAUCCAAAGACAUCGCGAGUCCAUCUAAUUGUGCAAGUACCUCCCAAGAUUGUUGAGAUCUCUUCAGACAUUUCCAUCAAUGAAGGUGGCAACGUCAGUCUCACCUGCAUAGCUACAGGCAGACCAGACCCUACCAUUACUUGGAGGCACAUCUCACCCAAAGCCACAGGAUUCUUGAGUGAAGAUGAGUAUCUGGAGAUCACUGGCAUCACGCGGGAACAAUCAGGAGAGUAUGAAUGCAGUGCGUCAAAUGAUGUUGCAACCCCUGUUGUCCGGAGGGUAAAAGUCACUGUCAACUACCCACCGUACAUCUCAGAUACUAAAAACACUGGUGUACCAGUAGGACAGAAGGGGAUUCUCCAAUGUGAAGCAUCUGCAGUUCCAUCAGCAGAGUUCCAGUGGUACAAAGAUGAUAAAAGGCUCAUCGAAGGGCAGAAAGGGUUGAAAGUUGAAAACAAGGCCUUCUUCUCCCGCCUGACUUUUUUCAACGUCUCUGAGCAGGACUAUGGAAAUUAUACUUGUGUGGCCUACAACCAGCUAGGAAACACCAAUGCCAGCAUCAUUCUGUACGAAAUAAGUGAGCCCACAAGCUCAACUUUAUUCCAAGCAGAGACAACUGCAGCCCAGACACCCUGGAAAGGCCCGGGAGCAGUACAUGAUGGGAACAGUGGUGGGUCAAGAAGAGCUGGCUGUACCUGGCUGCUUCCCUUCCUUCUGUUACACUUCCUGUUCAAGUUUUGACCCUGUCAACCAUGGUGAUAAAGAGAAGAAGAGAAAGAAGAAUAUUAAAAAUUAUUAAAAAAAAUCAUAAUAGUAAAGAGAAUAUAUUAUGAGGAAAUCUUGGGGAGAAAGAAGGGAAUUUAAGCAAACAAGAAGAAGAGUCCAAAUUGUUCUACUGAUGUUUCAACGCGACUGAGUGUUUUGUUUUCUUUCUUUCUAUUUUUUUUUCUCUCUCCUCCCUCUUUCCCUCUCUUUUCUUUUCACCCUUCCAUGGACAAGUAUUUAGUAUUGGGAACCAACCAGUACAUUGGGCUGAGCGGCCAUUGUUCCUCAUCUCCCAUUAAACCCUAGCAAGGCAGCCGGGUCAGUCUUUCGUUUGCUUGUGUUCUCUGAAUAUGUCCACCACGCCUGCAAGAUGUUGAUGUUGGCUGCCUUGCCCACGGCAAAUCCCAGCGUUUGUUUGUUUUUUUCUUUUCGUUUCCCCCUCCCCCUCCAGUUCCCCUCCUUGUCACAAACUGGACCGUUUAUUCGUCUGAUUGUAAACUACGACAAAACAACUCCAUGUGACAACCACUCUGACAAAAAAGGACCAUGGACCACUGCGAAGGGAGACAAAUCCAACAAUAUAUGAUUGUUAAGACAUUAAUUCAUUGUACUACAUGGAUAUCAUGGAUAAUAAGGGAUUCUGAUUCAUUAUUAAUUUUAUUAAUUAUAUUUUCUGAUAUGAGCCUAGAACUGUUAGUUCAUAAAAAAAUAUAAAAAAACAACAAAAAGACCCCACCCAAAACACAACACAAUAUGGAAAAAAAAGAGAGAGCGAGAAGUAUGUUUAUUAAGUGUUAAAAACAAAUUGAAGAGUAGGAGGUGGAGUAUCAGUGUAUCCACUUUGUGUGAUCCUUUUGGAUGUGAGUUGACAUGUCAAGCAAAAGCAGAGAGAAAGUGAAAAUGAACAAGCAAUGCCUCCACCAGCAUUAUUGAGUUUUCAUUCAUUAUUCUGGUGUUAAACUCAAGACGAUUUGCCACUGUUUUCAUACUGUUUGGAAGUACAAAGAUUGAUUCUCACUGUAUGUUGAGUUAGAUGAAAAUGCU